UUGAGCUCUAGGGCCCCCGAGGCACUGUAAAUCGAUCAAUACUACACGCGCAAGCAUGCGCACAUAUCGUAGUUGACCUUUUUGGAUGCCGGCAUUUUCACCUUUAUCAAGAUGAAGACGCUUGUAAACUCAGGACUGGCUUUCCUUAUACUUUGUGUGCCGACCAUUUUCGCUCAGGAGAAUAUAUGUAAACACGAUUCCUGCAAGCCGUUCUUGGAGACUUGCUUCCCCUGGAAGAAUUCCGCUGGCUUCAUCUGUUGUGAGUGGUCGUCUGCUCGGGGCCAGUAUAUCAAGAAAGUGAGGGACCCAAUAAAAGGCGAACAGAUCCUCAACUGUGAUCCUUUAAUGUGCUACGUCUGUAGUUCUGCCAACAAGAAACAUGGAGAAAAGUGCGGUCGUACUCUCGGAUACUCUCGGGACGAGGCAAUAAAGGCUGGCGUCCUCGUCUCCUGUGACGACAUUGGUGUAAAAAAUGCGCGCGCAUGUGGUAAAAUGAUCAGCAAUGCCUAUGCUGGAGAGGAAAUAGUGACUAGGUACUGUUACAACACAACGAGUCUAACAAAGUCUUGGUACCCUAAAGGAUGUCACGAGUACCAUACUGCGGACACCUGUUACUGCAACAAGGAGGCCUGCAACUCUCAGGAAGCAGUUAGAGCAACUUUCGGUUUUCUGCUACUUGCGACAUUACUUGCCAGUUUUUUUAUAUUCAGGUUUUAGAUAAGUCCGAAAAAAUUAUCAACGGAAACCAUACAGUACAAUAUGAUUCUAUGCAUUCCAUAAUGAUUUUCAGGAUUUUGUUUCGUGACGAUUAUGAAUUAAAAAAAAUUUCUUUUACCCUGACAACCUUUCGAUAGAAAAUGAGAAAAUCUCAAAGUUUCAAUCUGCGUAAGACAAUUCUAAUAUUUUGGUCUUCUUUUUUUUUUUAUUUUUAAAUUCUAUUCGAAGAAGAAUGCCAUCAUGGUAUUAUCUGGUUGUUUAAGUAUUGGAAACCAGCAGCCUUUCGUUUACACUCUAUAAAUGUAUAGCCAAACAUCGAGAAAUCAUUUGGUCUAGUCAGUUUCAACCCACCAACUUACGUAUUCACUCUGAAAUGUACUCUUUUAUUUUUACAUCAUAGAACAUGAACUCAUUUUUUUAAAUUUUUUACUGUACCUUAUACAUUGGAUCUUACAAGUGUGACCAUCAAUGAAUCUAAGAAAUCCUAAAGCGGCAUAAUACUUAGUGUUUGAUACUUUUGACUUUUAAUACUUACUAGUAGUUAUACAGUGCACCUACUUAAUGUAGCACUUCGUGGCAGGGAGGUAUUUUUUUUUUAACAAUUUGUAGUGACUACUUAUUAGACCGUUUAAAUCUGUUCAUUCUGUUUAUUGUUAUGGUCAUUUAUAUGAAAAGGUACACAAAUCGAAGAGAAGCAAAAGCACAUUGUUCAAUUCUGUUAUCAUAAAGUAACAUGCUAUACAAUUUAAGUAAAUAUAUACCGGUAUAUGGUAUAUAGUCAAGAAAUCCUCCAUGUUGUUGUUGCUAACGACAUGAUGAAUGGUAUGGAAACAGUUUGGUUAAUCCCUUCACUUUCAAAAAAAAAUGUUUUACAAUAUGUAUGUAAUUAAAAGCAUGAAACGACUUAAUUGUUAAUGUCACAGUUUUAUUCACCCAUUAGCUACCUCUUGUUAAUAGUUAGAAUAUAUUAGAUAUUCUGAAACGUGUGUAUUUUUAUAUGCGUGUGAAACUUGUUUACAUUUUUUUAAAGAAUGGUAUAUGUUUGGAAAAAAAAAAGAUUUGUAUUGCAAAUAUCGACACCAAAAAGAAAUGAAACAACUACCAGUUUGACUUCUACGAGCAAUGUAUAAAAUUGACGAACCAUCAUUUUUUUUAAUAACUAACAGAUAAAGUAUCGACCAAUAAUGUUUUGGUAUACAUGUAUUUGAUAGAAAGUUUCAUUGAUUUUUCAAAUGAUAGUAAAAUACGAAAAAAACCUUGUUAGAACUGCGAUUUAAAACGCAUUUUAGUAGAUGAUUUAACCUCUGAUAUACAUUGUAUUUAUGUAGGUUACGAUAGCACAUAGAAGCCUGUGUCCAUUUGUAGAAUUCCAGAAAGAUCUCUGUUUUAGUGAAUAGUUUUAAGAACGACUAGGACAUUGCAAUAACGUGUGUCUUCUGUUUAUUUCUUCUUACAUUGUUUGCUUUUUGAUGUUCACAUUAAAAUUUUCUACACUGAAACAUUAAUUCAAAA